AUCAAGCAGUUUUGAAAUUGAAAAUCGAAGAACAAUUUAAUAAAUUAAUAUUAUUUGUAAUAAAACUUAUAAGAAAAAAAUGGCUCUCCGAAAACAACCAAUUGUUUCUGCAAUUGGAAAUGAAAAUAUAGGAAUAAUGUCCAAUGGAAUUAAUAUAAAAAAUAAUUUAGCAAAUCGUCCAAAAUCAAAACAACCGUUAGGAAAUAUAAAUAACACUAUUCAUAAUCAAUUAGGAAGAAAUAAUGGAGGGACCAUUGAUAUUGAAAGAAAGAAAAAAAACUUAAUUCAAGCAAAUAAUGAAAAACAACUUCCAAAAUCUUGCAAAAUUUUUCAAGAUGAAUUCGACGACUUUUGCAGUUUUAAAAAUGAUGACAAAACGCCUGAACAAAAAUGGCUGGAUGAAGAAAUUGCGAAUUCGCGAAUUUUCGAAAAAAUAAUUGAAGCAGACAAACCUAGAACCAAACCAAUUACAAAAGCCGAGCUAGAUUGGAUUGAAUUUUUUGAAUUUGGAGAAAAAAACAAUGAUAUUGCAAAGGACAUCGAUUCGAAUGAUUCUUUUGAGUUACCAGAAUUGGAAAUUCCAAAAUUACCAAAUAUUAAUUUUAAAAAUUUACGAGCACCCUCUCCACCAAUUCAUCUUUUUGAAGAUUUAGACAUAUCAGAUGUUGAAAAUAUUUUGCAAAAUGAUGAAAUGGAGGCCCCAACACCUAUUAUAACGGCAAAUUUUGAUGACAGUUUCAAUUUUUAAGAGUUUAUCGAGCUACAUACUUAUUAAUUUUUUUUUUGUAUUUUGAUUAAAAUUAACAUUUUUGUUUAAAUGUAAAUAUUUACUAAAUUAUGAACUAUUCAUAAAUUUUUUUU